AUGGAAGUAUUGAUGCACGAGGCGAGCAACCGGCGGGAAAACGGCACGGAUACGACGGUCUGUAUGGCCGACCCCAGAUCUACGUUCAACGAGAGGCGAGAGGACGCCGGGAUGCCGUCCGACACCGCGCACAACAACAACGAGGAAUCAAUUGACAUCAUCUUCGAGAACAUUACCUACACCGUCAGCCUUGGCUUCAGAAGAGGGGAGAAAGAGAUCUUGCACGGGAUUAACGGAAGGCUCCCUAGCAAACAGUUGAUCGCUUUUAUGGGGCCAUCCGGCGCAGGAAAGUCCACGUUACUCGACGUCCUGUCUGGUUUCCGCACAACCGGAGUGGACGGUGUCAUAUAUGUCAACGGCCGUGUUCGGCAUCUCAACACUUUCCGGAAAUGCAGCGCCUAUAUCACGCAAGAAGAUCGAUUGGAACCCCUGCUCACCGUGAUCGAGAACAUGAGGGUCGCCGCCGAUUUAAAGCUGCCGUCGAACACGCCGCAACACAAGAAGGAGAUGAUCAUCGAAGACAUUCUCACGACACUUGGUUUGUACGAACACAUGCACACGAGAUCAGAUCGAUUGAGUGGCGGCCAAAAGAAACGACUCUCCAUCGCAUUGGAAUUAGUUAAUAAUCCCAUGGUGAUGUUCCUCGACGAACCCACCACAGGUCUGGACAGUUCAUCUUGCACGCAAGUCGUAAACUUGCUAAAAAUUUUGGCGCGACAGGGUAGGACAAUAAUUUGCACUAUUCAUCAGCCAAGUGCGUCCUUGUUUCAAUUGUUCGAUCAGGUAUGUGUGUUGACGAAUGGAAACUGUCUUUACCAAGGAGCAACGAGCAAGCUCGUGCCAUAUCUGGAAAAUAUGAAAAUGCCGUGUCCUAUGUAUCACAAUCCAGCAGAUUACAUAAUCGAGCUUGCCUGCGGAGAGUACGGCGAUGAUAAAAUCGAUUCAUUGAUAAUGGGAUCGCAAAACGGACGAAGUUUGCAGUGGUUCGACAAUCCGGAAGCUCUAAGGGAUGCGAAAAGCUUGAGAGCGGCACAUCCACUAAAGAAAGUAAGGAACGAUAACAGCUUACACGCGACAAAUCUCGUUCACCAAAUCAAGAUCUUGCUAAGGAGAGGAUAUAUCAUGUGUAAACGAGAUACGACUCUGACGCAUUUGCGCAUCAUUGUUAACAUAGUCGUCGGAGUAAUGCUGGGCUGCGUUUUCAUGCGAUCCGGCGCCGAUGGCUCCCGCGUUCUGGACAAUUACAAUCUUCUCUUUUCCAUCCUCAUACACCACAUGAUGACGACGAUGAUGCUCACGAUAGUGACUUUCCCAAUGCAGAUGUCCAUCCUCCUGAAGGAACACUUCAAUAGGUGGUACAGCUUGAAGGCAUUCUACACGGCGAUAACGUUGAUCGACGUGCCGAUUUCGAUAGUGUGCUGCAUAUUUUUUUCGAUAAUCGUCUAUCUCAUGUCGGCGCAACCGUUGGAGGUCAUUCGAUUUUGUAUGUUCUUGGCCAUCAGCAUGUUAAUCAUGUUUAUUGGACAAGGUACCGGUCUCAUGAUAGGCGCUAUAUUUAAUGUCGUGAACGGCACAUUUAUGGGACCAACAUUGGCAGUACCGCUAAUGAUGUUCGCCGGAUUCGGAGUGUCGUUACGCGAUCUACCAAGCUACCUCAAGUGGGGUAGCUAUCUCAGCUAUUUACGAUACGGUUUAGAGGGAUUCGUUGGAGCCAUUUACGGAUUGGACAGACCCACUCUGGACUGCAAGGAAAAGGGCGAGCUGUACUGUCACUAUAAAUACCCUUCGAAAUUUCUCUCAGACAUCGCCAUGAGGGGAGACCAAUUCUGGAACGAUGUGAUCGCGCUCGCUAUAAUAUUACUCAUCACACGAUGCGGCGCAUAUAUACUUUUACGAUGGAAACUCGUGUCAUACCGAUAAUACCGAUACGGUUAAACCUUUGGAAUGCGAUUAUCUUAUACUCUGACUGCUACUGUAUUUAAAUAGCUGAGAAACUUACUUAACUACGUAACUCUCGACCUUUCAAUUUGUAGCAUUGCCUGAAGCCGCACUUGCCGAAUGCGUGUAGCUUUCGAAAUAUUAAAAUAAUUCGAAAUACCGGAAAAUGUUAAAAACGACGGGCUAAACAAUCAUUUCUAUUAGUCGCUCAUUUGUGUCUGAUCGUAUAUUUUUGAUGCUAUCUUGAAACUUUAUCCGAACCGCAUAUCUCUAUUUAUAGCAGAAAAAGAGUGCCACGAAUAUUAAGCGCUCUGUAUAUAUUCUUUCUGUAUAUAUUGAUACAUUGUCCGAUUAUAAUCUCGUAAUAGUCGCAGGAAUGAGUAAGACUGUGCGUAUGCCUACGUGACAAGUGUAUAUAUGUACCUCCGAGUUGAUAUCGAGGGACAUUGAGACGGCAAUAAGUUCACACACGUAGCAAUAUAUUGUUAGUGAAUUACUGCGAUAAUAUUUAAUUUUUAUACUUAAAUGUGAUACGUGCGUGAUCCUAAGGAAUCCUACGUGAUAAUGCGUGAUAAUGUACGCGUCGCGCGUCAAUGGAAUGAAUUGAUACUUCCGUUGAAAGAUACGCCACUUGAACAUGUCAGGUCCAAUUCAAUUGCAUCUGUCAUAGCUUUGAGAGCUUUCGGUUCAUCCAAGGUUUUGAGCAAAUACGUUGAGGAUAAAAAGCGUGGAUUAUGUCAGUCUCUUAAUAAGAGGAUGCAAACAGCAAGCACUGAACGAAAACUCUAAUUCUAAGAUGCAAAUAGACACUAUUCACUGAGAAAUUAUUUUUAUGUAAUAUUUUUUUUAAAUUGUAAAAAAAAUGCCAAACUGCUGAUUGUUGAAAUGACAGAUAUAUUACAAAACAAUUACGUUUACUCAAUUCUUCGAGAAAAUUGACCGAUCGACAAACAAAAUCUUUCAAAUUUAUUACGUGUUCUUUAUGCAUCAUCAUUAUUAUUAUCGUCAUUAUUAAAACACGUUAUACGUUUUUAUAUUAGACUAU